AUGUUCUUAGCUAGGAUAAUAUUAGUCACGUUAUUGAUAAUUACAAAAAGUGAGUCAGCGAGAAUUCUGGCUUUGUUUCCUACUCCUUCGAUCAGCCAUCAAAUAGUAUUUCGUCCUUUGACACAAGAACUAGCUAAACGUGGCCAUGAAGUGGUUGUGUUAACAACUGAUCCAGAAUUCCCUAAAGGCAAAUCGCCGAAGAAUCUCUAUGAAAUCGAUUUUCAUGACUUGUCAUACAAAACAUGGAAAGAAUUUUAUGUAAUAUCUACAGGAAAUAAAGGUGAUUUAUUGAAUCAAGUAGAAUGUUUAUUUUCAAAAAUCACAAAAGUCAUUGAGGAGCAAUUACUAUCAGAAGAAAUGCAAAACAUGAUAAACAAUAAGAAUAUCACUUUCGAUCUACUAAUCAUUGAACAAAUUAGUCGCGCAGCUUUGGGCUAUUCCCAUAUUUAUAAAGUACCCGUGAUACAAAUAAGUUCAUUUGGUGGUUCGACUGAAAUAUUUGAGUCAAUAGGAGUUCCAUCACAUCCUAAUUUAUACCCAGCACCAGCCCGUCAGAAGAUCUUAAAUAUCUCCAUAUGGGAAAAUAUGCUUGAGGUGUAUUUCUGCCGUUCAAUAUAUAAAACUGUCAUUGAUAUGGAAAAUGUUGAGAAUGAAAUGUUAAAAAAAAUAGUUGACCCUAAUAUACCACCUAUUAGUGAAUUAAGAAAAAAUGUCCAAAUGGUUUUACUCAAUAUUGACCCUGUUUGGGACUUCAAUCGCCCUGUUACAAAAAAUAUCGUAUUUAUAAAUGGAAUUCAUCAUAAACCUAAGAAGGAAUUGACAAAGGAUUUAAAGUUGUACCUCGAUAACUCAAAAUAUGGUGUUGUCUAUGUUAGCUUUGGUACUAAUUCCAAGCCGUCUUCACUACCAAAUGAAAAGAUUCAAAUUCUUAUGAAUACUUUGUCGCAACUUAAGUAUGAUAUUAUAUUGAAGUGGGACACUGAAGAGUUAUCGAAUUGUCCAAAAAAUGUCAGAGUUGGAAAAUGGUUUCCUCAAUCAGAUCUGUUAAGUCAUCCAAACAUCAAAGCUUUUGUAACACAAGCAGGACUUCAAUCUACUGAUGAAGCUAUCGAUGCCGGUGUUCCGUUAAUAGGCAUACCGCUUUUUGGUGACCAAUGGUUUAAUUCUGAAAAGUAUGAGUUACAUAAAAUUGGUAUAAAGCUUGACAUGGAAACGCUUACAGAGGAAAUAUUAAGAAAUGCUAUAGAAGCCGUGAUCAGCGAUCCAAGCUAUCGAACCAAUAUUAUAAAAUUACGUUCAAUAAUGCGGGAUCGAGACUAUACCCCGUUGCAGCGUGCCGUGUGGUGGACGGAGUAUGUGCUGCGGCACGGCGGCGAACAUCUGCGCUCACCCGCAGCCGACAUGCACUGGGCGGAAUACUAUGAACUCGAAUUAGUACUAAUUACAUUAUGUGUCAGCCUUGCUUUUUUAAUUAUUGUAAGCUGUACGAUUCGAUUUGCCAUAUCUAGAAUCAUGUCUCACAUUGCGUCAGUCAAACGAAAACUUGUAUAA